AUGUUAUCAUCUAUUGAAGAAUUAAAUGGGUUAAGGUCUACUGUUGGAAUUAAACCUGUUCAUAAUCCUUUUGAAAGAAUAAAAAGUUCCCUAUUCUUGGUUAACACUUUUUUUGGUCUUGAGGUACCACAUCCUCUGCCGCCUCUUGUUCAGGAAAUUGGUCCU